AUGGCGAGAAAUUCACUGUUAUCCAUUCAUUACGAUGCAGAAAUGACAAAGAAGGUGAAGAAAAUCUAUUACAGAUAUCCAACUGAAGUAGAUGGUACCUUAAUUUAUAAAAGGUAUCGUCUGCACGAUGACGAAGACAUACGUCUUAUACGGUCUUGGCACAACCGUUGGGCAAAUGUUCAUCUAUUGGAGUUAGCUGUGUUCCUCGUCGAUUUGGGUGGCCGAGGAUCGUCUGCGGAUACUAUCAAGGAAAGUCUGUUGAGUGGGCUUGUAAGACAAAAUAUCAGGCGGACAAUGGUGGAUCUGAAUAUGGCUCCUGAAGGUAGUCAAGAAGGGUCUAAUAUUGAAGUGGACAAUGCUGAGUUAGGUGGCGGCGUUGAAAGUCACAAUGGUUCCACUGUGAGGGAUCCGAUGAUGGAUCAGUAUGAAGCUAACCCCGAUGAUGGAGACAAUGCCGAAGAAGAACCAGCCAAAAUUCCUGAUGAUGGUGACGAUGAAGAAGAGAUGAAUUUUUACGGUAACACACAAAUUACCCUGACACAGCCCGCUAUUUCGCAACCGUAUGAUUGCCCGGACCACUUCUCUAGGUUGAAUCUCGAGGUAAUGACGUCCGAUUGGUCCUUUACCCAGGGAGGCCCUGAAGAUGAUUCAAGGAAUGGGUUCGAGGUUGGACAACAUUUUCAUAACAAGGAAGAAGUCAUGUUGGCUGUUAAGACGUACAGCAUCAGGAAGGCUGUGGAGUACAAAGUAGUAAACAGUGACCAGUGGAGGUAUAAUGCACAGUGUGUCCAGUUCGGACCGGGUUGUAAUUGGAGCAUACACAUAUCAUAUCGCCGUAAGGUAGAAAAGUGGGAGGUGAGGAGAUACACAGGUCCUCACAGAUGCAUACAAACUUUGAUGGGGCAAGACCAUCGUCGGUUGGAUUCAAAGGUGAUUGCACAACACAUUUUUACAAUAGUAAAAGCAGAUCCAACAAUAAGUAUCUGGGUUCUGCAAGGAAGUGUAGAGAAACACUCAGUUACAAGGCGUCUUACAGGAAGAUUUGGCUCACAAAGCAGAGAGUGA